AUGGCUGCUGCUUCUAGACAACAUAUAUAUCAAACUAUUCAAACAAGUCUCGCACAUAUUCCUAAUUACAUAGGACAAGAAUCACCAGAUGACUAUUGUAAUAAGAUUCAACAAGCAAUUUCUUUUACUAAUACAAUGAUAGCUGAUGUCAAUAAUGCAAAUGCUAAUACUUUUACUGAUGUCCAUAAGGCAGAUAUCUAUAAAUCAAAAAUGGCAGGAAAAUAUGUCCCAGUUCCUGCACAACAUCCUGCUGGUACAAAUAUUGAUACUUCUGCUUUAUUCAGAGCUUGGUUUAGACAUAAAUAUUAUGAAUUAACUAUAGGAACCAGGCAAGCAUCUUUGACAAAAUUAACGCAAGAAAAAUUCUUACCUAUCGAUACUCCAGAAACUUAUAAAGAAAGAAUUCGACUUUUAUUAUUGCAAACACCAAAUAAUAAUGCCGAUGCAUUGGCAAUCUUAUGA